AUGGAAGGGAGCGCGGCGACCGGCCUUGAGCGCGGAGGGGCGAGCCCGCCGCCCGAGCGCCCCGGCCCGAAGCGGCGCAGGAGCGGCGGCGCCCGAGCACCCGACGGCGGGGUCCGCGUCCCGGCCGCCGCCGGCCAGCACCGAGCCGCCAAGGGGGCGCCCCCGCCGCCCGGCACGCCGCCUCCCUCCCCGAUGUCCUCGGCCAUCGAGAGGAAGAGCCUGGACCCGUCGGAGGAGCCCGUGGAUGAGGUGCUGCAGAUCCCCCCGUCCCUGCUGACAUGCGGAGGCUGCCAGCAGAACAUCGGGGACCGCUACUUCCUGAAGGCCAUCGACCAGUACUGGCAUGAGGACUGCCUCAGCUGUGACCUCUGCGGCUGCCGGCUGGGCGAGGUGGGCCGGCGCCUCUACUACAAGCUCGGCCGCAAGCUCUGCCGGAGGGACUAUCUCAGGCUUUUUGGCCAAGACGGUCUCUGUGCCUCCUGUGACAAGCGGAUCCGUGCCUACGAGAUGACGAUGCGGGUGAAGGACAAGGUGUACCACCUGGAGUGUUUCAAAUGCGCCGCCUGCCAGAAGCACUUCUGCGUGGGCGACAGAUACCUGCUCAUCAACUCCGACAUAGUGUGCGAACAGGACAUCUACGAGUGGACUAAGAUCAACGGCAUGAUCUAG